ACUUGUAUUAUUGCGAAAAGAAAACAGAUAAAAGGUGCACGAAGUGAAAAGAGCACACAUUACAUGCUCCUGUUCAGCAUGUUUGUGUUUUCAAUGUCAACCAAUGAAUUUGUGGCAGAUUCAAACUACGAAUUGUGUGUAACUGUGUUUCGUUGCAGAUGACGUUUGAAUUCUACGGUCAGAUUCUAGUUGGGUGCCAGUCCAGCAAUGUAAUGUAGUGAAGUCCCCUGACUUCAUGUGGGUAUCCACCUUGAAAUAAAUUUGGCUAUCAAUUGGGUACCAAUCGGGUACUACGUGUAAAAGUGUAACAAUCAGGAGGUCUGCAUUGCAUCCUAUUCAGGCAUAGACUACCCUGCAUACUUAGGAUUUGACCACCCUGGAAAUAGGUACCAACAGGGUACCAGUUAUAAAGGCUAUUGGUGCAUGGACUGGAUGUGGGCUACAUCAUCAAUCAUUUAGGUACCUUCAGGGUACCAAUUGGGUACAGGUACCAAUUGGGUACCAACUGGGUACCAGUUGGGUAGGAGUCACACAAGUCUUUUCAAGGGAGGGAGUGGGUCGCAUAAAGAGCCUCAACUAUGGAGGGCCACUCUUAUGAUGAGGAUCUGGCCGAGAACCGUUUCUUCAUCAUUAUGCAGACAAAGUACCGCCAGCUACACCAGCAGGCUUCUGUGCAGAGAUUAUUGAUUUGUGUACCAAGGACAGGUGUGUUUGCACGGUUCUCUCUGUCCCAGGCUGACUUUGAGACUCACAUACUGCGACCAUGUGAUGAUCAGCCAGGCGUCUACCUUACUAUGAAUAAUAAGGAGGUGCAACUGAAUGGAGACUCGAUUACAACCACUAAGGGAUUCAAAGAGAUCAGAAGUGUUCAUAUUCUGUUUGAGGAGACGUAUUACAAUGACAAUGAUGAGAGCUAUAGAGUUGUGUGUAUUGAUAGACUACUUGAAGGUGGAAAUGAGGUUGUAGAGGAUCCAGUGAUGACUUGUCUAGAGACGUUGGACGACUGCACUGACUUUUUAUGGGGGAAUAAAUACAGCAAGCACUCCCAGAAACAGGUGGAUGAGUUGAUUACCAACUUCCGGAAUACCACUCAGCAGCUGGAGACGUUACGUCACAUCAUAGAUGAAACUAGCGCCCUCUUUGCCAUGGCAAUGCAGAUAGCUCUUAAAGACACAGUCUUGCGCAAGACGGUCCGUCAACACCAUGGUCACAUGGACAAUCUGAAGACAUCUAUGGAGACGUACAUACUGCAUGGUGUUUAUAACAAAGUCUUCAAGGCUAUCGGCUCCUUCUUGGCUAGUCAGGAUGCAGCAUUGAACAAGACCACCAGGAACCUGUCUGAGCUUCAGGUGCGUGACGUGGGCGUCCGACCGGAGUUCACCGCCAAUGUUCCUCGUGCACGACGCGAGCUUUCAACCAUCAACCAGUACAGGACGCCAUUAGAGAAGCUUCACUGUCUACGACGUACUGUCAUGGCCAUCAGCCAGCCUGGCUUCAGGACACGCUCCAAGGAACCAGCUCCAGCCAUGUCAUCUGAUGACCUUCUUCCCUUGUUAGUGUUCCUUGUAGUCAAGGCAGAAAUCCCUAACUGGCUGGCCAAUCUCACCUUCAUGAUGAACUUCCGCUUUUCUAGCUUUGCAGAUGGAGAAUUUGGAUUCUAUUUAGCAUCAGUAGAAGCUGCUGUCGAGCAUGUGAAACUUGGUAAUAUGAACAACGUCGUGAUCGGUGCUGCUAAUCCCCAGAAGCUUCAUGUACUUCGACGGAUGACGUCCACUGACGGUAUGUGGCAGAAGCUUGACCCUACGGAUCCAGACAUGCCGACAAUAGACGCAUUGUUCCAGCAUGCUAGAGAGGGUAACACUGACGACAUUGCCAAGAUGCUGGAGCAGAGUUCUAAUGACCACAGCUGGCUUCUAGAUCAGAUGUGCCAUCCGCUCUGUGGCUGCGACAAAUGUGAAGAACUCGUCGCAACGAAGCGUAAUGAUCCCAGAGCAGUGACGGCCUUGUCGAGGGAUGAUAGAGGUUGUACAGCAAUGCACGUAGCUGCCAUGUAUGGUCAUGUUGACGUCAUCAGUGUAUUAAUAUCGAAUGGUGGAGAUGUCAAUGCUACGGAUUAUCACGGCUCCACUCCACUUCAUAUUGCAUGCAGUAGAGGGCAGCAACAUGCAACGCUGUUAUUGCUACAUGAAGGAGCCAAAGUCAACAUUGAGGACAAUGAUGGCAACACUGCGCUUCACCUUUGCUCUGCAAACGGUCAUGAAGAUUGUAUGAAAGCAAUGAUGUACAGUAACCAACCAGUGGAUAUUAAUGCAGCGAACUGUCAAGGGGAUACUCCUCUACAUCUCACAACCCGAUGGGGCUAUGAGAGCCUUGUACAACUUCUCUUGGAGCAUGGAGCGUCCGUUGAAGCCCGUAACAGACGUAAAGAAACACCUAUCAUGUGUUCAUACAACGUCAAUAUCAGUAGAAGCCUACAGCGUGUUGCUUCCACAACUUCUGAAGGAAAAUAUAGCUAUAUUCAGCAAGCCUCAAGUCCACCAAUUGCCUCAUCCUUUGACCAAACCGAGAGUACAGAUUCAUUCACGACGAGUUUUGCCAAGACGACAACUAGAGUGAGACAGCGAUCCAGGGGAAGUUCAACACCCACGAGUAAACUGGUGGAGAAGUUAUUGAGGGCAGUGGCCGAUGGUGAUCUACUGAUGGUCAAAUACCAUCUCGGCUGGCUAAGCGACAGUGAUGAGAGUGAUGAUGAUGAAAAGGUCUCGUCAGACGCUAAACUCUGCCAUCCGCUCUGCCAAUGUAGCAAAUGUGCCACCUUACAAAAGAGAACCUUGGUGUCCUCCUCUGGUCUUAGUGUGAACUCCUCUAACGCUGAAGGGUUUUCCCCUCUCCAUGUAGCUGCAGUUCAUGGCCAUGAUGCCAUGGUGUCGCUGUUCUUACGCCGAGGGGCGGGAAUGAAUAGCCGCAGUGGGGGGAGCCAGCAGUGUACCCCGCUACACCUUGCUUGUCAGUACAACCAUCCACUGGUUGUGAAUCAGUUAGUUCAAUAUGGAGCGAAGUGCAAUGUAAAAGACUCUAGAGGGAAUACACCACUUCAUUACUGCUGUCUUAAUGGCCAUGUCAGACCAGCCAGAUUCCUAAUUAAAUUCGGUGCUAACGUCAACCAGGCUAACCACCGUGGUAACACACCCCUCCAUGAGGCAGCAAGGUGGAACUUUGGCCAGUCAGUCAAACUUCUGAUUGAGGUCGGCCAUGCCAACCCUCUCAUUCGUAAUAAAGCUCAACUAAUGCCCAUCCAACUUGCUCAGAAUGACCAGGUUGUGAAACUACUCCACGAUGCAGCAAUUGCGAUGGAACAGGAAGGGUCGGUCCAGGUGACCUCUCCCGACCCCGUGUCACCAGAGGUCAUCCACAAUCCCCCAAACACCCUACUACCAAAGACUCUGUCACAGCCUCAGGACAUUGCCCAAUCGUCCAGGGUCUCCUCUGGCAGUUCAUCAGUGGAACUCGGUACAUCACCGAGGCAUGUCAGCUUGAAGGAUCUGUUCUUCUCCUCGGGCAGUGUGGAGAUGCAACAGCUCCAGGUGCUGAACAAGUCAGUCAGGGACUUUGACAAGUCCAGGCGGUUGCGUCGCUCUGUAACGCAGGACAAGAGCGAGCCCUUAUUGGACCAGCUAAAACAUCAGUAUUCCAUCCAGCAUUUCGACCGAGGCAGAUUGAGGCGUACAGACACGAUGGACAAGAGCCAGCCACUGCUGUUAAUAAGAGCGCCCUCUGUUGAUGAAGCUGAGCCACCCCGGCAGGGCAUUGAAGGCUGGAUGAUUGGUAACCGAGGUGGCCACGACUUAGAAGGUCGUCAUAGCAGCUGCCAAAAUGUCAGCCCUACCGAGAAUGUAAGGCAUGAUUGGACAAGCAAGGGGGCAAAGGAUGCUCAAAUAGAAUCAGUCAAGGAUGGCGCGACAAGAAAACCUCCCUUUCAAAUUUCAACCGUAAAAGACUCCUCGGAGCUGGUGAAAUCCAAGGAAGGUGAUCAAAGUGCAAUGGAUAUUGGAAAUAAAAUAGCAGUAAAUGAUGCACUUCAAUGUAGCACCGACACAGAACCCCAUGAGAAAUUUGCAACAGGGGAAAAUGUCCAUAAUAAAGUAGACAGUCUUCACUGCAAAGAUGUGAGAGGAUCUCAUUCAGAUGGUGUCAGCGUCUACUGCAAGCACAAUGACGAAGACUCCACCAAUCUGCCGGAGAAAAACAGUUUUCAGAAACGCCGGCCCAUUGUGUCGCUAGUCGAGCCCGAGGCCCCAGAUGACUCCAGUGGGACAACUAGCAACAAACAGUCCGUGGAUGAUUGGGUCAGGUGCAAUGAUAGUGCAAACACCAUGGUUGAGAACGAUAAUGCACAAGCUGUGGCGCCAGCUGCUCUGAAGGAGUUGCAACUUAAAGAAGAUGCUACGCAGUGUGUAAACAAUGUGACAGUGGUAGCAGCAGAUGGGCUCCCUAAGACGCCUGUAACUACAGCACAGAGCGUUGACGAUACUUCCUCUCCCCAAGUUAUCCUGUCCCCUAAGGAAAUGAAGGGCGUUCGAAGUGAGGAUUUUGGUCAGACUCUUCUAGAUGUACCCCCGCGUUCCGUGAAAGGUCAUCAUCGUGUUGGAUCUGACAUCAGCGUAGAUGAGAUGACCUCACUAACCCUUGGUAUGAAUGCCUUCGCAGAGUCGUCAAGACACAGGGCUGAGGAACGGAAGGGCUACGUGGAGGCACUUCAGGCAAACUCAGCUGAGGGGUCUGGGUUGAAAGAAGCAGAGACUCUGAUGAACAGACCCCUGUCAGACUCCGAUGUUGAUUGUAUGGAGAUCGUGAUGAAGAAUGAAAAGAUUACUUGAAAUAAUAUAUCAAAAUAAAUUAUACCUGUACAUAUCUAAGAAAUUUGCUUAUUUUAAAAAGGAGUUAACACAUGCAUUGCCAAAUAGGUAUGCAACAUACAAAUAAUAGGUUAUAGCAAAUAAUUAUGAAUAAGCUUUACAAGGGUGUUAAAUGCAUUCAAACAAAACAAAUUUUGUCAAUGACUUCUAUUUGCAUGUGUUGAAAAAUACUUUGCAUGAAAUUGAUGUUACAACUCUCUUCAAUGUACAACAAGAAUACAACUGAUGUUUGAAUGGAACAAACAGGUAGCUAUCUUCUAACAAAAUAAAUAUACAUCAACUAAUAAAGCUCA